CCUGCUUGGUUUCUAGAGCCUCUGUUUGAUCAGGCUGAUGACAUUAACACUGAAUGAUGAUGAUGAUGAUGAUGAUGAUGAUUAGAGCUGAUCACAUCUGCUUUCUGUCAUCUUCAUCAGCGCUAAUCGAUGACCGGAAGCGGCUCGUCCACCUUUGCUCUGCGGGUUGUGCGCAUGUUAAUCCUCCUCAGUCGUGAUCAUAGAAGCUCUUUUGUUGCGGAUCUGCGGCCCGGAUCGGUUUCAUCUAAUUGCGGGUCUCUCUGUAAUCGAGCACACCGUCAAAUUCGGUGGUUUGCUCUCGCGCAGUUCUCUUUAAGUGCCCGGACAAGGAGAAGGAGAGAUCGUGUCCGAUUUCAGGCGCGUUCGCAAUCCGUCCUGAUUCCCGCACGCAGGCUCGCCGGUGACCGCAGCGCCGCGCAUUAUUCCAGCGCACAAAGAGCUGGGCGGUCACAAUGUGCCUUUGACCGGUGAAACCCGAGAGCCUAAAAGCUUCUCCUGAGGCCGGAGCAAAAGCGCAGUGGAGCUGCACCUCUCCUGCAGUAAUGCGCGGCCGGCCAGAGCGCGCGGAGACGCGGUGAGGAGCGCACGGGCUCGGGACUCUCCGCCGCAGGAAUUCACGGAAACUAACGGGUCCUGGAGGUGUAACGCGGCGACGGACGCGCGCGGAGCAUGAGCUCAGUCUACCGGCAGCUUACCGACAGCGAUCGAGCAUGGUGGAGCACGGCGGCACCGACAGCAUGUGGCUGAACAAGUACAACCCCAGGGCGGCCUCCAGCGCCUCCUCGUCGUCCUCUUCGGACGCGGAAAACAAACUUUUCUCCAGGCUGAAGGUGAGUCUGACCAAGAAGUACCCGCAGAAGAACGCGGAGCUGCUGAGCGCGCAGUACGGCACCAACCUGCUGCUGCUCGGGGUGUCGGUGAUGCUGGCGCUGGCGGCGCAGAGCGGCCCGGUGAAGGAGGAGCACCUGCUGAGCUUCAUCACGGUGCUGAUGCUGGUGCAGCUCGUCUGGAUGCUCUGCUACAUGAUCCGGAGGGAGCGCGAGCGCAGCCCGGUGCCGGAGAGAGACGCGCACGCGGGCGCCAGCUGGAUCCGAGGUGGUCUGACCAUGCUGGCUCUGCUGUCCCUCAUCAUGGACGCUUUCCGCAUCGGGUAUUUCGUGGGCUAUCACUCCUGCAUCUCCGCCGCUCUCGGGGUUUACCCCAUCGUGCACGCGCUGCACACCAUCUCUCAGGUGCAUUUCCUCUGGUUCCACAUUAAAGAUGUCAUCAAGAAAUAUGAGACCUUUGAAAGGUUUGGAGUGAUUCACGCAGUCUUCACUAAUCUGCUGUUGUGGUGUAACGGUGUGAUGUCAGAGACUGAACACUUCAUGCACAACCACAGGAGACGGCUGAUCGAGAUGGGAUACGCAAACCUGUCCACCGUGGAUGUGCAGCCUCACUGUAACUGCACCACCAGCGUGUGCUCCAUGUUCUCCACCAGCCUCUACUACCUGUACCCCUUCAACAUCGAGUACCACAUCUUCGUGUCAGCGAUGCUCUUUGUAAUGUGGAAGAACAUCGGCCGCACGCUGGACCGGGACAGCAACCGUAAGCGGCACAGCACCGGGAGCACGGGGCUCCUGCUGGGCCCGCUGGGGGGGCUGGUGGCACUGGCCAGCUCAGUCAGCGUGCUGGUGGUCUACCUGAUCCACCUGGAGAAGACGGAGGAGAUGCACGAGGCCGCCGUCUCCAUGUUCUACUACUACGGCGUGGCCAUGAUGGCGUGCAUGUCUGUAGGCAGCGGGAUGGGGCUGCUGGUGUACCGCAUGGAGAACCGACCCAUGGACACCGGUUCCAACCCGGCGCGCACGCUGGACACGGAGCUGCUGCUGGCCUCGUCUCUGGGCUCGUGGCUGGUGUCCUGGUGCAGUGUGGUGGCGUCGGUGGCCGAGGCCGGGCAGAAGUCUCCGAGCUUCAGCUGGACCAGCCUGACCUACUCGCUGCUGCUGGUGCUGGAGAAGUGCAUCCAGAACCUGUUCAUCGUGGAGUCGCUGUACCGCCGCCACAGGGAGGAGGAGGAGGACGCCACUGCACCGCAGGUCUUCUCCAUCACUGUGCCUCCGUACGACGGCAUCCUCAACCACGGCUAUGAGGCGCACGAUAAACACCGCGAGGCCGAACCCGCCGCCGGCAGCCAUGCCCUCAGCAAGAAACAGCCCGACGCUCCACUUCCUGCAGGACAGCGGCUGGACGUGACUCCCGGACGCAAGCGGCAGAUCCUCAAGAACAUCUGCAUGUUCCUCUUCAUGUGCAACAUCUCGCUGUGGAUCCUCCCGGCGUUCGGCUGCCGACCGCAGUAUGAUAACCCUCUGGAGAAUGAGACCUUCGGCACCAGCGUCUGGACCACCGUGCUGAACUUGGCCAUCCCGCUCAACCUGUUCUACCGCAUGCACUCGGUGGCGUCCCUCUUCGAGGUCUUCCGGAAGGUCUGAAGAUCCUCCGAACUGAGGACGCUCUCAGGCCUGAAGACUCUGUUUACACUCGCGCUCGCACGGAUGAUGUUCUCCAGAACCUGUUCUCCACUCGCACCCUUGAAGCCCGCCGGACGCUCUUGUUUCUCUUUCAGCAGAAUAAGUAGAACUGAAGUAGAACUGAAAUCAGAGGAGUUUCGCUCCUGCUUUACAGAUUCACUGAAGAUGCCAAAAUGACUGGAGAAAUUCUCACUCUUUUCUGAAGUCAAAUUUGAAAUAAAGUCAGAGAAAUUAAUGUAUUUUCCUUUUGAAUAAAUCAUUUUUGUACUGGU